CUGCGCUCCAGCCUGUCUUUCCACUGGAGUGGUGCGUGUAAGCGGCAAUAGCUGAAGUGUACAGCACGCUGACCGUAGCCGGAAAACAGAACAUAAAGAUGCCUCCAAAGAAGGGAGAAGCCCCAAAACAACCCCAGUUGAUUGGACGAUUUGGUACCUCGCUUAAAAUUGGAAUUGUUGGCUUGCCAAAUGUUGGGAAAUCCACCUUUUUCAACGUGUUGACCAAAAGUCAAGCAGCAGCUGAGAACUUCCCCUUCUGCACCAUCGACCCCAAUGAGAGCAGAGUGCCCGUCCCCGACGAACGCUUUGAUUUCCUCUGCCAGUAUCAUAAACCAGCCAGUAAGGUUCCAGCUUUCCUGAAUGUGGUGGACAUUGCCGGUCUGGUGAAGGGAGCUCACUCAGGACAAGGACUGGGGAACGCUUUCCUGUCCCAUAUCAGUGCCUGUGAUGGCAUCUUCCACAUGACCCGUGCCUUUGACGACGAGGACAUUAUCCACGUAGAGGGAAACGUGGACCCAGUGAGGGACAUUGAGAUCAUCCAUGAAGAGCUACGGCUAAAGGAUGAGGAGGCCAUCACACCCAUCAUUGACAAACUGGAGAAGACGGCCGUCAGAGGCGGCGACAAGAAACUUAAACCAGAAUAUGACAUCAUGUUGAAGGUGAAGGGCUGGUUGGUGGACGAAAAGAAACAUGUGCGGUUUUGCCAAGACUGGAAUGACAAAGAGAUUGAGGUUCUGAACAAGUACCUGUUCCUGACAUCCAAACCUAUGAUCUACCUGGUCAACCUUUCAGAGAAGGAUUACAUUAGGAAGAAGAACAAGUGGUUGGCCAAAAUCAAGGAGUGGGUGGAUGCUCAUGACCCCGGUGCCAUGGUGAUCCCCCUCAGCGGAGCCUUGGAGUCCAAACUGUUUGACAUGGAGGAGGAGGAGCAGAAGAAAUACUGUGAGGAGCAAAAGACACAGAGUGUUCUGACCAAAAUAAUAAAGACUGGCUACGCAGCACUACAGUUGGAGUACUUCUUCACAGCGGGACCGGAUGAGGUGCGAGCGUGGACCAUUCGGAAAGGCAGCAAAGCUCCUCAAGCAGCCGGAAAGAUCCACACAGACUUUGAGAAGGGUUUCAUCAUGGCCGAAGUGAUGAAGUACUCCGACUUCAAAGAAGAGGGCAGUGAAGGUGCAGUCAAGGCGGCUGGGAAAUACAGGCAACAGGGAAGGAACUACAUGGUGGAGGAUGGGGACAUUAUCUUCUUCAAAUUCAACACACCCAAUGCACCUAAGAAGAAAUAAGCACGCCAAAAGAAAACAACCAGAGGGACACGUCAUGUCGGUCAGCAUGCACCUUUUACAUCUUUUACAUCAACGGCUCUUACCAAAGCCUUUCAUCUCCAAAUCGGAUACCCUGUAUAAGUCCAAACACAACGGUAAAGAACGGUA